CAUUGGGCUUUUCUUACACAGAUGCGCAAGAGCAGCUUGACGUCGAGCAACAGUUUUCUCAGGAAUGUGCAAAUACAGAUGAAGCAAAACAAAAAGCUGAACGAACUUCUCGAGGAAGCUGAAGAGACCCGUGGUUUAAUAGAUGUGAUGAUAGAAAAUAUCGUCAUUGUUAAAAAUAUUCAAAGCAAUGUACUAGCGCACACAAAUCAAGAAAUUCAAAAAGAGCUGGAAACACGGACAUACUCUAUCACUCAAUUAGCGCAUAGAAUCUACAAUAAACUAAGAGAAUUAGGAAAAGAUGCUAAUAUCGAAGAUGUCACGUUUAACACGGCUCGAGAAGGACCAGCAUAUAAAAGAAUCAGGGUUCUGCAGUACACAACUAUGUUUAAAUUAUAUUCGGAAACUAUGCAUGAUUAUAAUGAAAAUUUGCUGCGUUACCACGACAAAUGUUCAUCACUUUUGCACCAACAAAGACGUUUAUUAAGACGACAAAUCACCAGUGAAGAAUUAGAAGACAUGCUGGACUCUCAAGAGACUAGUUUGUUUGUUGAUAAUAUUCUAGCGGAAACUAAGCUGGCUCAGCAACAAUUGUCAGAUAUUGAAACAAGGCAUAAUGAGUUACAAAAAUUAGAAAAAUCUAUCGUUGAAGUGCGAGAUAUUUUCCUUGAAAUGGCAUUUUUAGUUGAAAGACAAGGUGAACAGUUGAAUUGUGUAGAAUAUUUUGCAAGUAAGGCCACGGAUGAUGUUGACAGCGGACGUGAUCGACUCAUUAAGGCAAACGAAAAAAGAAACAAACACAGAAUGAGAAAAAUGAAGAUAGCUUUAAUAGUAUGCAUUAUUAUCAUAAUAAUAUUUCUAAUGAUAAUUUGUUCGUAAAGUUCACAUUAUUAAAAUUCGCGAUGCAAUAUAUGUUAAUUUAUAUUUAGUAUUAGUGACUUUAUAUAAAAACAUAAAAGACUUUUUCUUAUAAAAAA